CUCAGUGAGUCUGCUGGGUGAGAUCAUUACCAGACACCAGGCUCCGGGACCUGACAUUCACCGAUCAGCAAGGCUGAGCGAGAGAGCGAGAGAGAGGGAGAGAAAACUCCCCGAUUCCGAUGCAACCGGCACCGUCCCCUGCCUCCGCGCCUCGGCUCCUCUGACGGCUCAACGCGCCGCUGACAUUUCCCCGCUGGAUCUUUUUUUAGAGGGGGGGGCUUGUAGUCGGAUGCGGGCUUGUUUUGACUGCAGUAAUAGUGCUACUCACCCCCUCCUCCUCCUCUUUCUCCUCCUCCUCCUACCGACCGAGUAGCGGAUUUGCGAAGGGAUCUCGGCGCCGAGUGACCAGCGAUCCUGCAAGACGCACGGGAGAGGGACGCACGGUGCGCGGCUCUCCACCACACCACCACCACCACUCCAGGACGCAGGAGCCUCCACCGCAUCUCGUUUCUGCCAGGAAUCGGACAUAAGCGCCAAGUUUCCGAUUGGAUUUUCCUCUCCGCCUCCGGUGCGACUACCUUGCUUCUGUCAUCAGAUCGGCUGCAAAUCCUAUUUUCGCUUUUUUUCCCCCCCUCCCUCCCUUCUCCUCUCUUUUUCCCAACCACGAUUGACGCCAUUUUCCUCGGGGGUUUCUGUCAAAUAUAAGUAUCUAUAUUUAUAUAUAUAUAGUGUUUUGGCACCGAUUGACAGCUCCACGGGAGGCUGUCAUCCCAUCCGUCGCCUGCGUAAAGUGUGUCCAAAUGGAUUGUAAAUGAUCUUGAUAAAAUAUUUACACGUCAGAGCCGAGUGUGUGACAACAUUAGACAUGGAUUGUCCCUGGCUUCGCUGCGUUCCAGUGGGACAACCGACCCAACCCCAGUAGCUGAUUGAUAACAGCCAACCCGUCGGACAGACUACUGUUCUCAAUCUUUCUUUUGGCUGGCCGCCACAGCUUCCCCCCAUCCUGACUGGCUCUGGCUGGAGCGUGGAUGGAGCCAAGGGAUCUGGUUGGCUCGGCCCGACCCAAAGAGGUGGAGUUACAGGGUGGCAGGGUGGGGCCAAAUGAAGAGGACCGGGAUGGAGCACGAGGAGCACACGGCCUGGUGUGUGGUGAUGAUGUGAUUAACGGUGCCGCCAGUGAAGGGGAGGGGCUUGAGGAACAGGGGGAGGGGCUUCUGGAGGAGCAGGAGUUCUCCAUCAAGGAGGCGAGUUUCCAGGAAGGAAGUCUAAAGCUGAAGAUCCAGACCACCAAGCGCACCAAGAAGCCCCCCAAGAGCCUUGAGAACUACAUUUGCCCGCCGGAGAUCAGGAUGACCAUCAGGCCUCCAGCUGGAGAGGGCAAAGCGGGGCGGCGAGGGGGAGCAGGGCGGGGCCAGAAGGACGAAGAGAGAGGUCCCCCCAGAAAAAGGACAUACGAGCGCCAGUUCAGAAUCCCUGAGCAGCGAGAGGGAGGCCUGCUGCAACUACUGGGAGAUCACACUCCGCCCAAACACCAGCUUCGCAGCUCCCUCCUUCCUGCACACGCACUCACACACCCACAGCAAACACAGCAAGCCCUCACGCAACAAUUCCAGCAUACACACCAACACCAAAUCAGUCGAGACUGGAUCACGUCUACAGCACCUUCUGCGUCCCCAGCAAAUCCUGCAGAUUCUGAGCCAGCCAGAGAGCUGUCAGGAGCCGGUAGGACCACUUUGCUCGAUCCCAACCAACCCUUCUUACGAAUGGCGACACAGAGCCCCUCGCCUCAGAGAUCCCUGACUCCAGACCUGCAGUUGCCAGUGGUUACAGAUGCCAGUAUUCUCAACCUGACGUCUCUCAGCAGGGGGAGGGGUUUGCAAGAGGUCAGCGAACAGCUCUUUGGGAACAUCAAGAGAAAGUACGGGAGGAAAGACUCCCAGAGGAUGCUCUGUAACCCCCACAGUGCUGAUUCACCAUGGGGAAGACAGACAGAGAAGGGGUCGGAGAGCCCAUCUCAUUCAGAAGAGAGGCAGAAGUACAGGCAGGAGGAGACAGCUGAGCGGUUCCACGAAGAAAGAGAGGAAAGGAGAAAAGAGGACAGGGAGCGAGCAGUUGCUGGGAGGAAAGGAGAUGAAGAAGACAGAGGGAUGCACAUGCUGACAGAGGAAGGGAAAGGAAGAAAGAGGCGGAGGAGGCCUUCUUUUGACAAGUCAUUUUCUGUAGUGGAGCAGACACAACGGCAAGACACUGACUCUGCAGACAAGCACCAGCCAGGGCCCCCAGAACCCAAAGUAGCACAUAAGAUGGAGACUCACAAAAAUGAUUCUCGUCUCACAAGUCAAGCUGAUGUCAGUGGAGAGAGGGUGGAAAAACUGGAGAGGGCAGAUAAAGGCGAUAAAAGAGAAAAAGGAGAGAGGGCAGAGAGAGGAGAGACGGUUACAGGCAGACCUGAACCAGAGUCAGCUCUCAGUGCAAACAGAAUGAAAAAGAACCCUGUGGGUCGUCCUAAAAUGAACACAGACAUCCUUAAACACAGAGAAUCUACUCACAAUCUUAUCAACAAACCCAUUCUUAACACAAACCUCAGACUCCCGAGCCCAAAUCCCAGCCCGAGCCCCAGGGGUAGCAUCAGUCCUAGCCCCAGCCCUAAAUCCAGACCUAACAUCAGCCCCAGCCCGAGCCCUAGACCCAGGAUGGCCCUGAGUCCUAGCCCCAGCCACAGCACCAGCUCCACAGCCAGUUCCAGACCAACCAAGGCCAAGGACAGAUGGUCCUACCUGAAAGCUAAAAGCCAUGCCAGCCUCGCGUCACCCCAGAGAGACAACCGGGUUUGCCCGUCGACCCUAACAGACCCACCUUCAGCCUUUCCCAUCACCCCCUCUAGCCCCCUUUACACCAACACUGACAGCCUGACCGUCCACACGCCCAUCAAGAGGAAACGAGGGCGCCCCAAGAAGCAGCCACUCCUGACAGUGGAGACCAUCCAUGAGGGCACGUCCACAUCUCCUCCAAGUCCACUGGCACAGGAAACAUCAGCAGGGCUAAAUAGUAGGAAGAAGAUGCACACAAUGAACACAUUAGUCCAAAUGGCAUCUGCGACCACCAGUGCCAACUCUAACAGUCUGAAACUGAAGCGUGGUAGGGGCCAUUGCAGGCCAGUGAAUAAGAUAAAGCUUGGGAAAAUGCAGAGCAUCCUGAAUGAGAUCCUUUCAGGUUCCGGUCAGAAUGGCAGUCUGCCUCUGAAGUCAUCUUCUGCCCCUGUUACCUCAGCAAUGAGCGCCAUGGCAUCCACCAUUGAGGCUCGACUGGGGAAACAGAUAAAUGUCAGCAAGAGAGGAACCAUCUACAUCGGUAAGAAGAGAGGGCGAAAACCUAGAGCAGAAACCCAAGGCUCCAACCCUAACAAAACCACUAGGGACAAGCUUCCGCUGUCUGUCUCCACAGCCAGUCUCUAUGAAAGCCCUGUAGUGCCUUCCACCAUGUCUCCCAGCUCCAGUGCUACAUCCAUAAGAGCCAGCCACCCAGAUACCACCAUGCCCAGUUUGCAGCCCAUCUCAGCCCUGACCUCCAAGCUGCCAAGCAGGGGCUUCCUCUCAGGAGGGUGGAAACUCUCUCCACCACGCCUUCUGGCAAAUUCACCCUCCCACCUGUCAGAGGUGGCGUCAGUGAAGGAGGUGACCCUGUCUCCCAUCAGUGAGUCCCACAGUGAGGAAACGAUUCCCAGUGACAGUGGGAUUGGGACAGAUAACAACAGCACCUCAGAUCAAACUGAGAAGGGUCCCGCCUCAAGACGCAGGUACUCAUUUGAUCUGUGUGGGUUUGAGGCUGUGGAGGCAGCAGCUCUGGAAGCAUCUAACAGGGGCAGCAGAACACGCUGUGAACGACAAGUUACUGCGGUCGACAACUUCCUGUCACAGCAGGAAAAAAAGCAAAAACAUCAUCGGCGGAAGAGGAAGUGCCUACAGAGCCGGGAUCAUCUUGACUUUCUCUCUGAACUGGAGGAGGUUGUGGUGAAGCUCCAGCAGCUCCGAGUGUCUCACAGACGAUACACCUGCUACCCACAGCAGCCAUAUCCCUCCAUCUUCCGCCUCAACUUCCAUCAUUACUACCCAGUUACCUAUGACUCCUACCCCUGCGAUUCCAGCGCAUACCUCCGCAGGAGUGCCGAUCUGAAGGCAAAGAGGAGACGCGGCCGUCCAGCCAAAGCCAGCGAGCCAAUCACAUCGAAGCUGCCUUUUGUUCAAGGAUAUAGUUAUCCGCUGGCAGGGGGAAAUUACUAUGCAGCACCGUACGCGAUGCCUUAUGCACCUCCUCUGAGUCUGGGCUACUUUCCCCCUGCUCCACAAUUUUACCUGCCCCACCAUUCGCUAGGACCUGCACCUCCAUCUCCCUUCAUGAGGCCUGCUGUCCCCCCUCCCAAGGCUUUCCACUCCAGUGGACACGCCAAGCUCCAGGCAGGGGCCAAGCUUCGCAGCACUAGUGGGCCACUCCAAGGGCCCUCUGUAAGGGGAGAGGGCCUUGGCUCCCUGGGCAGUGGCAGUGCAGGUGGUCUUGCGGGGGUUCGUCUCCAUAAGAGGAAACACAAGCACAAACAUAAGCACAAAGAUGAACCCCUCCUUUCACCGCGAGACCGGCAGGAGUUGGGCGGGCUCUUCAGUGGAGCGAAGACCACUGCACGUCUCAGCAUGCUGAGUGACAGGAGGGACUUGUCCAGUCAGGGGUCUGCAAAGCAUCUAGAGAAGCAGAGGGGCAUCAGUAGAAGCUCAAGCCUGGGAUCCAGCUUAGGGAUGUUUGAGUCAGACCAGCUGUCCACACACUCUCUCGCUGACAGCCAGUUACACUCCCGUCAGACUGGACAGCCUAUAAACAGCUUCAUGAGCAGCUAUAGCAGCCAAUCGCAGCGAUCAGAGUCCGCCUCUGAUCUCUUUUUGGGGUCACGGGAGGACGAGUGCGGUGGGAGGAGCAGGAAGACGAGGCUCGCUGUGUUUGGAGAUCAGGGCUUAAUGUCAUUCCAAACUGCCAGGCAGGAGCCAGGACAGAUGAACAAGUGUUCCAGUCCCCCCCUCACUGGUGUUCCCAGUAAACGGAGGUAUAAACGCCGUGAGGUGGAACAGAUCCAGAAGGACGUCAGGAGAAUGCAUUCUUUGAACUUUGAGCAUGUGCAGAAGAUCCUCCGUGCCAAGCGCCUACAGCGACAAGCUAAAACAGGAAAUAAUGUCGUCAAGAGACGGCCCGGACGGCCCCGAAAGCAACCCCUAGAGGAAUCGGAGCCGACCGGUAGAAGGGAGGAGGAUCGGGCGGAUGGUCGGAGUUUGGACAUGUUGGCAAGUAGGAGAGGUGAUGGGAGGACCCUGGGGAUGCCUGUCCUGGAGAGGUGUGAUGACCUGCCAGGAAGGCAGAGCCACAGGCCAAACAUGGCCCCUGAGCCUCUGGAGUUCUCCAACCACGAUUCCAUCUCAGCAACGAUUGAGACGGUGGUGCAUCAAGCUCGGUCGCUGGCUCUGCUGGCCAAAGGGACGAAACGCAGAGGCAGGGGCCACAGCAGGGAUGAACUAUGGGAUCCGUCCAGUCAAUAGACCUGCAGGAAAGAGCACGGAGAGCAGUUAGCGGAGUCUGUGCUGUUUCAAGCCUAUCAGAUGCAGUGUUAUCUUGAUUGUGGGACUCCUCUGUGCACUUUGACUUGUUUGUUCUCUCGGACUUGAGGACUACAGUGGGUCAGCGGAGGAGCAAGAGGAGGGAACACUUCUGGGGCCAUCCUUCUGUCGGCUGAAACCCACCAGAAGAUGAGCCUUUCAAGGAUUCAUUGGACCUUCAUUUACAAUGGCACUAUAUGGUACUAUUUGAUACUGAAUCUGAUGCUAUAAAAGUGUGUGGUACUUAUGAUAGAGUAGGAUAUUAUGUGAUUCUUUAUGUAUCUGAUACAGUGACGUGUAUGGUACUUUAUGAUACUGUAUCUGAAUUGUGGCUUUAGCCAUAUAUUUACCAGCAAGGGGAGGGGGAAUGGUUAAUAUAAAACUGUGCAGCUCUGCUUAUUUUUGCCUUUCUGAGGAAGCUUGUCAAAGAAGUGGAAUAAUACAGCAGUAAUUAAGCCACCUUACCCUGUUACCUAUCCCUGUUUUUGCUCCCCUUAUACCGUGAACCUAUACCUUAUUUGUUUUCCUGCUCUCUGUGAGAAGUACUCGUACUUCCUGGCAGCUCCUCACCCCUGGUCCCUGUCCCUGCUUGACUCUCACCACAAUUCUUUAGCCCUCCCUGGUGCCUGCUGCUCGACUCCAUCUCCCUUUGUCCUCUCGUCUGCUCCCAAUCAUGUUUUGCAUCUCCCAUUGCUUGUGCUCCCUCAGCAUACCCCCCCCCCCCCACCCCCCGUCUCAUUUGUUUCUCCCUCCCUGCUCAGGCCUGUCCUGGGCAGUGACAUAAAGGCAAUAUGGUGGAUGAGACUGUCCCGGACUGUACAUAGAAACAAAGUCCACUGUUGCCUGCCUUGUACAAUGGGAAACCAGCUCAUAGACAUGUACUGGCAUACAGUAUAUCAAAUAGAAUUGUUGUACCAUAGACAAUGAAAGUUGUGUAUUGUUUUAUAACCAAAAACAGACGUGGGUGCGACUCAAGACAAGUUUGUUUUCAGACAGAAGGAACCGCAUGUAUUCAUUCAUACACUCGUACAUUAUUUUGUUUAUAUCCAGGGGGCAUUGCAUACAGGAGGAAUAUCAGGUGUGUUUUCGGUAAACCUUAAAAUUGGUUUAAUGCACUAUGAAAAAAACCAUACACUUGCAUCAAUCAAAUGCAGCACUUACAUGCUUGUUCCAGCCUUAUGUUUUGGCCUUCAAUGGUGUGGACGUCCAUUCCAGAGAGCAUGCAUUAUUUUAAUCAAUUUGUAUAUGCAGGCUGCGCAGCCAAAAGCGUCAAACCCAAGCCCCGGUCUGAAACGUGAUUGGACAGUUCAGCAGAAGUGGGCUCUCAGUCAGUGUUUUGAAAAGUUAAUCCCAGUCUUUCUACUUAACAUGAUUUUCAAUCCAUAUCCCUGGAAAUAUUUUUGGAAAGUAAAAUCUAGUGUUUAGGUUUAGAAACCAAAGUCUCAGUAUUCAGUGUAAGGAUGUUUUAUUUCAAAAUAAUCCGAGUUUAACAAACUCUCCACCGUGUUGGCACCAAUGUAAAGCAUUCCUUCGUGCACUCUAGAAUGUAGCCAUCUUGGAUUUUGUGUCAAUAUGUUGAACAUUUGUUAAACUCUAUCUACAGUAUAUGUGGCUUUGGGUAGUGGUUGGUAUUUUCUCAAAAAAGUAUUUCAGAAUAUAAAGCAAUGGAUCAGUGUUUCUGUCAAAGUUUGGUUUCAGGAGAUUCUGCUUUCUUUCGGUGGGGUGGGACUCUCUGUUGCAGCAGUUCAACUUGUGCCUUAUGUUUCUUUCUCUCACCAAUUUACAUUUGACCCAAGAAAUAUCAAUGGGCAAAAGACUGCCCCAAGAAAUUGAACCAUAUAGAUAUAGAUAUAUAUAUAUAUAUAUAUACUCAUGAUUGUGCAUAUGACACAUGUGUCUUAGUCAUCAGAACCCUGACACUGCCCGUGUCCCUUCACAGCUUCCAUAGUCAGCAUCCUCUGUCACCGGACACCAAGUUGCAGCUGCCUUCUAGUUUUGUCGUCAUCGUAACAGAAGUAGAAGGGCUGGACUUGUGAAGAUAUCAUGAUAUUACUGUUUUAAAAUACAUCAUGUACUGACCUACAUGCAUUGUUGGAAGCAGAAAGGUCCACUGCAUCAGAUGUGUUGUCAUCCAGUGAUAUUGAUUCUACACAGUGUCCCAGAUAAUUAAAGAUCUUGUACUCUGCCCAACAUCCAACCAGUUUUAUAUGACAUAUAACUGUUAUAUACUUGGCAGAGGAGGAACAGAGGAGGUUGUCAUGGACACCACGUUCUCGUACAUUGUUGUUUGCUAUGCAUCAGGCCGUGCCUGGCAAUGACCUUAAGAGGAAUUUCUGUUCUGAGUCCACCCUUAGGCAAAGAGAAAUAAGUGGUCUUAUUUACUGAAUAAAAUGAAUUCAUGUAACAAGAGUUGUGAAUAAUACCAGUAAUAAUUUGUAAUAAGUUGUGCAGAAAGUGACUAUCAUUUCAUGGAAACUAUAGUUACUGCAGCUCUAUGCAGUACAGCCUUAACCAGAUGUAAAACUACAGUAUUGAAGUGUUUGUUGUAAAUAGUGUUAGUGCGUCCAUCCUGCAUGGAUAUCGGUUGGGCUCGGCUAUGCUGGGACUGUCUCCUAAAACCACAGUAGACCUCCUCUCUCUAUACAGACUGCCCAAAAAAACAUGUUGAAAUGAUGACCCCCAAAUUAUUUUCCUAUUCGACAAAUUCUGCUGUACAUUGACAUUCUUCAAAAUGCCUUCUCACACCUUUGAACAAUGUUUGGAGGAUACAAACCCCACUGUAGUGCAUUCGACCAAAAUAGGAAUCCCCACUGAUUUGCAGCUACUUUGCCUGCGGCCAGUUGGGGUAGCGCAGUAACAUGAAGAGUAAGCAAGAGGCUGUGUGCGUGUGUGUGUGUGUGUGUGUGUGUGUGUGCGUGUGCGUUUGUGUGAGUGUGUGUGUGUGUGUGUGUGCGUGUGUGUGGUGGGGGAGUUCUCAGAGGAAACAGCCAAAAAUACACUCGUCCUAACGUUAGUGUGCUUAACCUUGCUCGGCUAGAUGACUUUCAGUAGGUCGGCAGUCUGUUGUGGUGGAGAUGAGGUCUAGCUCUGUGGUCCAUGAGGUGUAGAGACUAAACGCUUGGCAGCUUACUCCUCCAUACUGUGGUCAGUCAGUGGUCUCUGAUGUAACAGUUAAAGACCCCAAGGUGUUGUCUGUCCUGUCCGUCUCUCCUUACCAGCCAAUGCUCCGGUGCCUUCUAACACUGACAAGUAUUGUCCCAAUCCAGAGCUUUCACUCCACACAGAGACUGCAGAGGGAAUGUGGCUGUGAGUAGGGUUCAAGGUCACUGUUGUUGUGUUGAGCAGCCAAUCUGGACCGGCGGCCACAGGCGGCCCCUCAACACUGACGCAAGGAUCUUUUCUUUUGUCUGUGGUGUGAGCGUCGAGAGCAGCGCAGCAGUGUUUGACCUUACACCAGACCCGUUCCCUACAGCAACCAGGAUGAGAUAUAAUGGCACCGAAAUUUUUAUCACCCCCCCCAUUCCCUGUGUAGCAUGCUGUGAUGAGUGUCCUACAAACGGGGUGAGGGGUCACGUGAGACAGAGCCUCAUAAAUGUACAUGUCGUCAUCCUCACAGCAUAUGUUACAGUUCUAAGCUAUAAUGUUGUUCAAAGCUGAAAGUGCAGACGAAGCAUUGAGAAAAACCAAUAAACGUACUUCUUUAGAGCACAAAGUGAGCUCUUCUAACAGUGUGGGCAUAUUUUAGUUUGUAUACAUAGUGUAUUUGAACCUUUUCUAGAGUGGGUUUCCUUUAUCUGCAUGCUCAACUUGAUUGUAUGCAUAAAUAUUUUAGACAAGCCGAAAGUUGAAUUUCAAUUGAAUUUGGAGCAAGACUUGUACAUUGUUUGAUAUGUUUCUUUUUGUAAUGAAUUUUUUAAUUCAUGAAGCAUUUUUGUACAUUGUAUGAAUAUUAAAAACUGCAAAUAUUUGACAUAUAGAGUAAAUACUAGAUGCGCAUGCAUAUGCAUAUAUCCUUCACAGUAUGUAUGUGUAAAUGUACACAUAUAUUUUGUAUUUGCAUUUGCUGGCAUACAGAUAUAUGUCUUAAGCACAUAUAUACAUGCAAUAUAUAUGUAUAUCCAUGUCCGCUGGCAUGCUUUUGGUCAUGUUUAUCUUCCAUGAUCUUGUAGGUUCAUUUUUUUGUUUCUUUGUUUUUUUUUUAUUUCUCUUUCCUGCAGAAAGAAAAGCUCAUUCUUUUGCUACCCUUCUGUUGGCUGGCAGCAUUGAGCACUUAUUAAGAAGAACUACAGUUGAAGUUGUUCAUGUUAUCCAUUGUGUGAAAUAAUAAAUGACUUUAUUGACAGCU